AGCCAGGAGGGCUGAGAGGGCCCCCCAGGAUCCUGGCAUGCAAGCUCAGCAGCAUUGUGAGGAAGAGGAGGAAGAGGAGGAGGAAGGAGGAGGAGGAGGUGGUGGCAACAGCGGAUCAGAAGGUGCUUUCGGAAAGAGCCCCUUCCAUCUCACGGCCGAAGAUGUCUACGACAUCUCCUACAUCCUGGGCAGGGAGCUCCACACGCUCAGCACCGAGCCGCAGACGGAGAUCCCCGCCCGGGUGGCCCGCUUGCAGUUCAAGGUGGUCAGCAUCUUGGAAAUGUUGGAAGCCCUGGUGAGCGAGAACCACCUGGCCGUGGAGGCCCUGAAGCUGGAAAGGGACAGCUUGAAAAGGGAACUGGAGGACCUCCGGCAGCGGGUGACGUCCGGGACGGCGGGAGAGGUAAACCCGGGUCCCAACAAGAUGAUCGUUGACCUCACGGACGUGAACCGCCCCCGCUUUACACUGCAGGAGCUGAAGGAAGUUCUCCAGGAGCGCAACCAUCUGAAGGCGCAGCUCCUCUUCGUGCAGGAAGAGUUGGAAUGCUACAAGAGUGGUUUCAUUUCUCAGAAGCAGGAUAAGGCCAGUCCCACGCAGAGGGAAGUGACUGUAAGCACACCCUCUGGUUCCAGUAGACGUAAAGAGAAAACGACAGUCAAGCAAUGGUUCGCGUUUAAAAAGUUACGAUGAAGCCUCUCCGCGCUGGGCGGUCACAACCUGAAUGUCCAGCAGUUGCAAUACUUGAAGACUGUUUAGUGAUUCACUGCAACUGGUGGAAGCUUCAGCAUCUGGACUGAUCCAAACUGGCGAUCCUCUUCCAUUUUCUCAUUGGCAUAAAGCUUUCUCACCCUGUGGCCUUCCAAACGUUGGGGACUUUUAAGGCAGGUAUUCUGAGAAUGCCUUUACAAUUUUGACUGGAAACGUUUGUAUGUCUGCGGCCAGCAGAAUAAAUUUAUGCACUUUGGUUUCUAGAAUCCUUGAAAA